ACAGGGCCAAGAAUACCUGCCGGCCUCUUCUCUGUUCCCUCCCCAUUAACUCUCCCGUUGGUGGGCUCUGGGGUGAAUGAGAUGAUUUCUCUCCUUCCUUCUCUGCAGCUCUUCUUGGGUCGCGAGUUCUUAUUGGAGCGUUAAUAGGUAUAAUAGCUAAGCACCUGCCCUGACUGUGUGACGGACGUCAGACUACGGUACCGGUAGGGGGAUCGAAAAAAUAUAAAAGAAAGUAAUAGAGGAAGAAGAUCCCCACUCCUCUCCACUUGCAUAUUACCUUACGAAUACCGUGCAUCGGCCUCCUGGUUUUGUCUCGGGGCUGCUUCUUCUCCUGCUUGUGUGCUUCCCCACGCACUUCCUUACCCCCUUCACGCUUCAGACCCGCCGCCUUGUUGCCUCUACCCUUACAACCCCCCGUCCCCUCCUAAAACGUUCGCACAUUGCAACUCACAUUAGAAUCUCCCUUACUCUGACUGUCUACCCUUCUUGCCCAGAAACGAACGGACUGACCGCUACCUCUGCAAUGUCGUCCUCUAACAACCCCUCGCCCUCCAUACACUUACCCCCGACGAUGACCGCUUCUACUUCCUCAUCAACAGCCCCACCGCAAAACUCCUCGAGCAGUAACAGCAAUACUCCUCGAUCCUCGACUCCCACCACAACCCAGCCGCAGGUGUCCCAAAACAUCUCUUCGCUGGUGGCGACAGUCCUCAAAACAUCUGGACGGGAGCCGCCGCCGCUGGUAGGCUCAUCGACAACAAUCAUCGGCGAUACCCUCUACGCAUUUGGCGGUCGGCUGCUUUCACGAACGAAGCCUCAGCUAACAUGCGAUAUGUAUGCGCUCGAUUUGAUCACUCGAUCAUGGUCAAAACUGGAAACAAGAGGAGAUAUUCCACCGCCGAGAUAUUUUCACAGUGUCUGUGCGUUAGGGGGCACGAAGCUAGUCUGUUUUGGUGGUAUGUCGCCCACAGCCACCAGUCCUCUGCAAGCCAACGGAACCAGCAAUACGAAUGGGAAUACCGCUACUUCGCCCGGAGGGGACUCACAAAACGAUGUUAUGGUCAUGUCGGAUAUGCACAUCUACGAUAUUCCUUCCCAAACAUGGACCUUCAUACCUACAUCGAGCCCACCUGAGGGGCGAUAUGCCCAUUGUGCGACCAUACUCCCAACAAGUGCAACUUUCACAUCCACAAACAGCGUAGCCGCGCCUGUUGUUGGGGGCCUUGGGCUUGAAGGCCUCGGAGGCGCGGAAAUGGUAAUUGUGGGCGGCCAAGAUUCUGCGAACCAUUAUAUCGAGGAGAUCAACGUUUUCAACCUUCGAUCCCUGAAAUGGACAUCAACGACACCGCUGGAUAGGUCUUGCGGGGCAUAUAGAUCAGUUGUUGCACCGUUGGGUCGGGGAUUGACUGCAUCAUCUAUCGGAGCGGGGCGUAGUAGUCCGUACAUGGGUCCAGAAGAAAAUCCGUCCCUCUCUGCCGUGAAUGGCCAAUCCACUUCCCGGACUUCGCCGAGCGAAGCCAAUGCUAUGCUGAUCUACUCAAAUUAUAACUUCCUGGACGUUAAGCUUGAGUUACAGAUUCGCCUACUGGAUGGCUCCCUUACCGAGAGGCCCAUGAACGGGCAAUUCUCACCGCCCGGUCUUCGGUUUCCCAAUGGCGGGGUUCUGGAUAACCACUUUGUCGUCAGUGGCACAUACCUAACGAGCAGCAAACAGGAGUAUGCUCUUUGGGCCUUGGAUCUCCGAACACUUAUCUGGUCACGUAUUGAUGCCGGCCAAGCAUUUUCCCAGGGAUCAUGGAACAGGGGAAUUCUAUGGAGCAAACGCAAUGCUUUUUUGAUAUUGGGGAAUAAGAACCGGUCUCUGGUGGAGGAUUAUAAUCAUCGCCGGAUUAAUUUCUCUUAUCUAUGCAUGGUUGAGUUGGAAGCAUUUGGCCUCUAUGAGAACCCAAGAAUGAAUUCUCACCCAGCCCUGCAACGCUCUUGCUCUGUUGCGGCACAGGAACUCGGUAGGAUGGUACUCGGCAUGAAAGAAAUGGCUGACAUGGAAUUUCUCGCUGUCGGCGGUGAGCGCGUGCCUGUCAAUUCCCGAAUUGUGGCUCGCCGCUGGGGACCAUACUUUCUUGGGCUUCUGAAUGCAUCAAAUAAAGAGCUUCCUUCACCAACCGGUAGGAACCUCAAUUCAGCUGCUCCAAUAGCGGCCCAGGGACCUGGGGUACAACCCCCCACAACCGCGCAAUUCAACCCCCUGGAUCGCCCACGAACUUUAUAUCUCCCGCACACCCUCCAGACAUUAGUUACCCUUGUUCACUACCUCUAUACAUCUGCCCUUCCUCCACCAAGCCACCCUCAAUCAUCGCCACAAAUUCUUUGCUCCCUCCUACAGAUAGCCCGACCGUACCAGGUAGAAGGCCUUUUAGAAGCUGUGGUUGAGCGCCUCCACCAGGUCCUCGACGGUAGGAACGCCGCGGCAGUCUUCAAUGCUGCAGCCAUGGCCGCCGGCGGUGGCAACGGUGGGAAGCGUGAGUCAGUGGAGAAUCUUGGUGCAGGAGACGAAUGGAGGGGUGGGGUUAGCAGCGUGAUCGGUCUGCAAAAACGAGGUCUAAGGGGUCUAAUGGAGGGAAGGCGAAUGCGAGAAAGAGGAAGAAGCAUGGGAGGAUCAGUAUCGACCGGGGCUGGGACAAAGCCCUCCGAAGCACAGUCGAAUCAAGGGACUUUCGGCGUUGGAGUUGGAACUUCCUAGCGCGACUAUGAGGGGGGUUGUGUUUGCAUUUUUCUUCCUCGGUUUUUUUUUGACAGUAGGCAUAGAUGGGCUUUGUUGGCUCGGUUUAUUUAUUAUUCAUUCGGCAUUUCAUGCUCUGGAGAUGGGGGAUGUAAAAGGGCAGAUGGCACACUAUUUCUUGCAUAAUUUAAUCUGCUUUCUCGUACAAAGCGAUGUCUACUAUGCUUUAUUUCUUCCCGUUUACCAUUUCUCCCCCACCAAUUUCUUCUCUCCCCCUUUUUCUCUCUAAACCGUGUCCUCGUUUCUUCGGAGCUAUGAUAUGAAUGAUACCCAUGUUUUUCUUAUCUCAUAACGCAAAGGUUGGGAGAUUGUUUGUAUAUAUCUUAUUUUUCUAACUUUUGAGAUUAAGAAAUGAGUACUUGGUGGUGGUGAACAAGGAGGGCUAGAUAUUCUGUCCAGAUGAUGAUGACGCAUCUUCUUCCUAAAAAUUCGAUAAAGCAGGCAUUUGAAAGUAAGUUAGUUUUCAUGUUCUUGGGUAAUUGUUUAGUGUGGGUGAUUGAGAGGGCGCCAAAUUGGAUUCUGUUUGCAGUGGUAGAGAGGCGACAAUAUUAUGAUGAUAUG